AUGUCUGGCACGCUGAACUCGCAAGAUCUCGUCCCAACCCCGCCCGAAAAGCGGACAUGGCGGUGGUGGAAUUAUGGCUUCUUCUAUUUCAGCUUGUCCAUGGAUAACUGGACGCUUGGGUCGACCAUGGUCGGCAUUGGUCUAAACUGGUGGCAGUCGCUCGUAGUGGUAUUUACGAGCCAGCUAAUAAGCUCAAUUGCUAUGGCCAUCAACUCUCGGAGCGGGGAAGUGUACCAUCUCGGAUAUCCGGUAAUAGCCCGUUCAGUCUUCGGCAUGUACGGAGCAUACUACGUCGUUGCAGCUGGGGCGAUUAUGGCUGUAGUGUAUUACGCCAUCAAAUUGUAUGUUGGGUCGAGCUUCGUCGUCAAUAUGCUCACGGCAGUCUUUGGCUCGCAUUUCGCCGAUAUACCCAAUCACAUCCCGAUUUCCGUGGGCUUCACUACCCAGCAGAUGAUUGCUUUCCUCAUUUAUUGGUUCUGCCAUCUCCCCUUCACCCUCCUUCGUCCGUACCAACUCAGAUGGCUCUUCACUCUGAAAAUGUGUACCAUUGUCCCCGCCUGCGUCGGUCUGUUCAUAUUCUGCAUGGUAAAUACCCAUGGAGAUUUAGGUCCUGGUCUUCCUCAAUCUUCAGCAGCACCGGCGAGUCAGUGGGGUUGGUUCUGGAUGUAUGCGAUAAAUUCCGGACUAGGCAAUACCGCCAAUUUGAUCACCAAUCAGCCAGAUUUCUCUCGAUGGUCCCGCCAUCACUGGGCGUCCAUUUGGCCACAGAUGAUCGCCAACCCGAUAUCAGUUACAAUAUCGGCAUCAUUCGGUAUCCUAUCGACCUCCGCGAUUAACAACGCCUGGGGCUUGGAAUUGUGGAACCAGUGGGAUCUCCUGGAUGCCAUCAUGAAACGGUAUCCUACGUCCGGUGUUAGGUUCGCCGUCUUCGUCUGCGCCGCUUUCUGGGCACUUUUGAUCCUUGGGACAAACAUCGCUGCAAACAUGAUACCCUUCGGGAGCGACAGCUCCAUGUUACUCCCUCGGUACAUCAAUAUCACUCGCGGACAAUUUCUCGGCCUCGUACUUGCAUGGGCCGUCUGUCCCUGGAAGAUAAUGUAUUCGGCCACCACGUUCACGAAUUUCCUCGGCGGUUACGGUUUAUUCAUGGCGUCGGUAGUGGGUGUCCUCUGCGCAGAUUAUUAUAUCAUCUCCCAAGGAAACAUAUCGGUGAAGGACCUUUACGAUGGUUCGCGAACGAACCGCCUGUAUCACUACACCCGAGGAUGGUCGAUUCAAGCAUAUAUCGCAUACAUCGCAGGCGUUGCUUUACCAUUUGCCGGCUUCCUUGGUACGCUAGGCGUCAAGGUAUCCACGACCGCUGUCGACAUAGGCCACAUUGGCUGGCUUCUGUCGUACUUUGUCUCGGCAGUCAUUUAUAUUUUCGUCUGCUGGGUGUGGCCUACUCCUAUGCAGAGACAUGUCAAGGAGGAGGGCCUGGGCUGGGAAUCUUUGAGCGCGCAAGAGGACUACGUCGCCACUAGUUCAGAUGGUGACUCGAAAACGAAGGACCCAUAA